GACUUUGUAGGGGUUACCUGGCUAAGAGCAGCGGCAGCGGCAGCGGCGGCAGCAGCAGCAGCAGCAACAAGGCUCCUUGGAUAACUCAGACAUAGUUUGACAUUAUGGGUCCUCCUCUGAAGCUCUUCAAAAACCAGAAGUACCAGGAACUGAAGCAGGAAUGCAUCAGGGAUGGUAGACUUUUCUGUGAUCCAACCUUUUUGCCUGAGAAUGAUUCACUUUUCUACAACCGACUGCUUCCUGGGAAGGUGGUGUGGAAACGUCCCCAGGACAUCUGCGAUGACCCCCGUCUGAUUGUGGGCAAUAUCAGUAACCACCAGCUGACCCAAGGGAGACUGGGGCACAAGCCAAUGGUCUCUGCGUUUUCCUGUCUGGCUGUUCAGGAGUCUCACUGGACAAAGACAAUUCCCAACCAUAAGGAACAGGAAUGGGACCCUCGAAAACUAGAUAAAUAUGCUGGGAUAUUUCGCUUCCGUUUCUGGCAUUUUGGAGAAUGGACCGAGGUGGUGAUUGAUGACUUGCUGCCCACCAUCAAUGGAGAUCUCGUUUUCUCCUUCUCCACCUCCAUGAAUGAGUUUUGGAAUGCUCUGUUGGAAAAAGCUUAUGCCAAGCUGCUUGGGUGUUAUGAAGCCCUCGAUGGUCUGACCACUACUGAUAUCAUCGUGGACUUCACUGGCACAUUGGCUGAAACUGUUGACAUGCAGAAGGGAAGAUACACUGAGCUCGUUGAGGAGAAGUACAAGCUGUUUGGAGAACUGUACAAAACAUUUACCAAAGGAGGUCUGAUCUGUUGCUCCAUUGAGUUUCCCAGUCAGGAGGAACAAGAAGUCGAAACUGAUUGGGGUCUACUGAAGGGCCAUACGUACACCAUGACUGAUAUUCGCAAGAUUCGUCUUGGAGAAAGACUCGUGGAGGUCUUCAGUACGGAGAAGCUGUACAUGAUUCGUCUGAGGAACCCCUUGGGAAGACAAGAAUGGAGUGGGCCCUGGAGUGAGAUUUCUGAAGAGUGGCAGCAACUGACUGCAGCAGAUCGCAAGAACCUGGGGCUUGUUAUGUCUGAUGAUGGAGAGUUUUGGAUGAGCCUGGAGGACUUUUGCCGCAACUUCCAUGAACUGAAUGUCUGCCGCAAUGUGAACAACCCUAUUUUUGGCCGCAAGGAGCUGGAAUCGGUGGUGGGAUGCUGGACUGUGGAUGAUGACCCGCUGAUGAACCGUUCAGGAGGCUGCUAUAACAACCGUGAUACCUUCCUGCAGAAUCCCCAGUACAUCUUCACUGUGCCCGAGGAUGGGCACAAGGUCAUCAUGUCUCUGCAGCAAAAAGACCUGCGCAGUUACCGCCGCAUGGGAAGACCCGACAAUUACAUCAUCGGCUUUGAGCUCUUCAAGGUGGAGAUGAAUCGCAAAUUCCGCCUCCACCACCUGUACAUCCAGGAGCGUGCGGGGACCUCCACUUACAUUGACACGCGCACCGUGUUUCUGAGCAAGUACCUGAAGAAGGGCAACUACGUGCUUGUCCCAACUAUGUUCCAGCAUGGCCGCACCAGCGAGUUUCUCUUGAGAAUCUUCUCUGAAGUGCCCGUCCAGCUCAGGGAGCUGACUCUGGACAUGCCCAAGAUGUCCUGCUGGAAUCUGGCUCGUGGCUACCCCAAGGUUGUCACCCAGAUCACAGUGCACAGUGCCGAGGGCCUGGAGAAGAAGUAUGCCAAUGAAACUGUAAACCCAUAUUUGGUCAUCAAGUGUGGAAAGGAGGAAGUCCGUUCUCCUGUCCAAAAGAAUACUGUUCAUGCCAUUUUUGACACCCAGGCCAUUUUCUACAGAAGGACCACUGACAUUCCUAUUAUAGUGCAGGUCUGGAACAGACGAAAGUUCUGUGAUCAGUUCUUGGGGCAGGUCACUCUGGAUGCUGACCCCAGUGACUGCCGUGAUCUGAAGUCCCUGUACCUGCGUAAGAAGGGUGGCCCAACUGCCAAAGUUAAACAAGGCCACAUCAGCUUCAAGGUUAUUUCCAGUGAUGAUCUCACUGAGCUCUAA